AUGAAUUUCUCCGCUACCGUCCUCCUCCUGGCAUCCCUUACCAGUCUGACGCAUGCCGGGGACCUUAAAUUUGGCCGCCUCGGAGUCGAUGAUAGCGUCGAUUUUUCAUUUGAGCCAGCCUACGGCAAUCCUGGUUUCUACCAUAUCGCCCAAAACACAGGAUUCCAAGCACGUUACGUCUACUGCGAUCCUCCGGAGAGUGGAACUGUUUGCUACUUAACUCCAUUCGUUGACCUCAAUCUUCGUCAGAAGUUUGAGCUUGUCGAUCCUGAUGGGCAGACUAUGUUCAGUGACCCGGACUCUGGAUUGGUUUUGAGCAACGAGAAAGAUGUCCUCAAAAUGGCUUUCCCUACCGGUGGGAAUGAUCAGAGAUUUAUUCUGACCGAAGAUGAUGGCCCAUAA